AUGGAGGCCCUCUUCACCGAUGCCCGGACUCAGUUGCUAGCGGAGCAGGACCAGCGUGAGCAGGUGAUCAGAGGCUGUCGGGACAUCACCGCUGCUGCCAAGAAGCUUAUCUUUGCUCUCCACCGCAGCAAUUCGAAGCAAGUGACUGAGCAUAAGCAGGCGAUUGGUACCCAGUUGGAAGCCCUAUACAAGGUUUAUAACAGUUCCAAAUAUAAAGGGAACGUCUCAGGAGCGUUCGAAGAGCUUUCCGAAGGGCUCUUGUUUGAAUACUACCUUACCCACCAUGAUCUCAUGACCUAUGGCCAAUUUUGCGAUGAGGUGACCAAAAUGGCCCUGGAGCAAGCGGCACUGAUGUUUGAGUUCCACAACUACUUUCUCGGCAUCUACGACUUGACUGGGGAAGUGAUGCGGUGGUGUAUCACCGCCGUGGCCCAGGGAGACGUCGCCACUGCCGUCACCGGGUGGAAGUUCCUCCAGCGGCUCUAUAACCACAUGAACGAUACCAUGAGUGUUUACCCUAAGCUCAAUUUCUAUAACGGAGUGCUGGGAGAGUUUCAUCAUAAGGGGCUGGGGCUGGUGCUGAAGAAAAUGGAGGUUUUCGGACAACUGCUCCAUAAAGUUCAAACGACUCUCUGUGAGUACUAUGUGAGAGGCGACGAGUUUGCCAAAGAUAAUGGCGGAGACGAAAGUGGAAGUUUAAAGAGACCGCUAACUGAAGAGAAUGAGACUGGUCCCCGUAAGAAGUUGGCCACCUAG